AUGGAUACCCUCGUAGCACGAUACAGCCGCCCGGCGAACCUCCAGCGUGAGACGUACGCCGAGGACCAGCACGAUGAUCUCUACAACGACAACAGCCCCGCCCUAUCCCUGAAGUUCGCCAUGCCUCCGGUAGCCCAACCCUCAGCCUGGCUGCGCGCCGCGACAGACGACCGGUCGAACCCCAACUGCCCGAUCAAGAUCGCGCACGGCACGACGACGCUGGCGUUCCGGUUCCAGGGCGGCAUUAUCGUGGCGACGGACUCGCGGGCGACGGCGGGCAACUGGAUCGCCUCGCAGACGGUCAAGAAGGUCAUCGAGAUCAACAACUGCCUGCUGGGCACCAUGGCCGGCGGCGCCGCCGACUGCCAGUACUGGCUGGCCUGGCUGGGCAUGCAGUGCCGCCUGCACGAGCUGCGCCACAAGCGCCGCAUCAGCGUCGCCGCCGCCUCCAAGAUCCUCGCCAAUUUGGUCUACCAGUACAAGGGCAUGGGCCUGUCCAUGGGCACCAUGUGCGCCGGCGUCACCAAGGAGGAGGGCCCCGCGCUCUACUACAUCGACUCGGACGGCACGCGCCUCUCCGGCAACCUGUUCUGCGUCGGGUCCGGCCAGACGUUUGCGUAUGGUGUGCUCGACGCCGAGUACAGCUACGACCUGAGCGAGGAGGCUGCGCUCGAGCUCGGCCGCCGCAGUAUCUUGGCCGCCACCCACCGUGACGCCUACUCUGGUGGUUUCAUCAACCUGUACCACGUCAAGGAGGAGGGCUGGGUCAAGCACGGCUUCAACGACACGAACCCCAUAUUCUGGAAGACCAAGCUGGAGAAGGGCGAGUUCACCAACGUCACCAGUUCGCUAGACUAA